AUGCGAGAGCCGGCAAGAAAACAAGAGACAGAGAGCGGCCAAGGCGGCAGAGCGGAGAGAGCGGACGUACCCAUGGCCAAUGUUGCGCGUCUGAGGGCAAUGGGCAAUGGCAACCGAGGCGACGGACAAGGCAAGGAAGGCAAGGGCAAGGCUGUCGGUCGCGGAAGAAGACGCGGUCGGUCGAGUUGCGCUGUCCAACAGAGCCUCUCAGCGAGGGCGGACGGGACACUUCCAAGCUUCUCCGGCGGGCACGGCGCGAACACGGUGUGGGAAUCCCAGGAAAGGCACGAUGUGCUAUGGGUACGUGGGUGGGCGAGUCGUCAAUCGGGCAGGGCAAGGUAUGGCGACACGGUCGCGCUCGAGACGGCGUCGGGGGCGAGACGAGGCGACGCGAGGCGCAGCGGUCAGCGCCCAAGUGAGGAACGAAGGGACGGAUCUCGCAGCGCUCGCAAUCGGGGAGGGCGGCCGAGAAGGUACCCCCCUCCUGAAGGGGGUGCGGGGGCGUGUGCGGUAGGUAGGGAGAGAGAGCCGGAAGAAGGCGAACGAGACGAGCAGAGGGAAGGGAGUAAGUCAAGGUUGGCGGUGCUCCCUGUACGCGUGAGCAAGGUAGGUAGGUACGAAGUACUGAGUACUUUUCUUCCUUCCAUGGUAACAAGGGUGCCUCGGGCUCGCGGACUGCUAACUACGAGGCAAUAA